AUGAGUGAGGGUGGCUAUCGUGGCGUCGACCUCCGUGACACCGACCUCGGUGGCGUCAGCGUCCAUAGCACGGGCCUGGUUUUGUCUUGUGAGCUAUGUGGGAACUUUUGCCAUGGUAGUGCUGACAACAACUUCAAGAUCGACAUUCGUGAUGAGUUCCUGUCUAAAGCGACUGUCCCAUGCAAUGCAAGAGUCUACGUCAAUGGUGUUACCGGGGACUACAUGCGUUUUGAAGCCCAUGGACGCAAGUACUCUGUCGACAUUGUGAAGGGGGCACACAGGACCAGGAUCAAGGGGAGUGGCUGGAAGAAAUUCACUUCUGACUUUUCUCUUCAGAAGGGUGCUGUGGUCAUUUUUGACUUGGACAGGCGUCCCCGCCAGGCAUAUGUUGUCGCUCAAAGUGUUGACUUGCACACAGUUGAAGGAAGCUCUUCAGACGGGGAUGCUGAUGAAGAGAUGGUAGAUGGAGGCAUCUCAGAUGUGGAUGAAGACGGUGGCAACAUAAAGAUCGAGUAUACAAGGGGUCUAACUCUGAAUGAUGCACAACAGGACAUUCUCAAUGAACUGGUGCUCAGCUUCAAGUCCAAGUUUUUAGGAGUGUCUUUUGUACACUGUCUUACUACAACUGACACUCAAGUUGGACAAAUGAAAGUGCCAGCGAGGGUUGCUACAAGCUUGAACAUCCCUAAAAAAGGGUUGGCUUGUGUUCGUCUAAGCAGUGGGGAGGCAAAGACUCGUGUUGAAUACAGCACGUCUACUGAUGGACGUAUAGCUUUCAACAAAAAGCAGUGGAGGCGUUUCCUUUCAAAGACUACCCUGGAAAUCAAUGACUGCAUCUUCAUGUUCUUCAAGGCCAGCAACAAGUCUUGCAUGAAUGUUACUGUUGUCAUCAGCAAGCUUUAA